AUUUGUACUUGGUGUUAAUGUUUAGUCUAACUUUAUAUAUUUGAUCCAUCUUAAUAUUAUUUUAUGGAGUUUUUUUUUUUGAAAAAAAACCUCACUGACUCCUAAAUUCAUUGUGUGCAAUGCAGUGUAUUGCAAAUGAGAUGCUGACAAGUGUUUAGUUAGUCACUAAUCCAUAGAGUAAGGUAAGAAUCCAGCCAUGUUUUUGAGCUGUACUAGUGUCCCCUAUGUAAAAUGGUAUUACUCAAGACUGGAUAAAGUCUCUGGCAUAUGCAAAAUUUCUGGUUCAUACUAUCAUUAUUCAGUUUUGUAGCUAUCUCUUGGUUUGUAGUGAAAAUAAAGCUGCUUGGGAAACGACCAGCUCACAUAAACACUUCUUACAUGAUGGUCUCUCCUGCUACAUCUUUCUCAUCCUCUCCUCCUCACUCCUUUCCAUGGAUAAGAACUUGAGUUUAUUUGUUGCUUAACUGAGUUGAAUUAAAUUUUCCACAUGCCAAAGUGAAGGGAAAACACAGCUUUUCUGAUUUGCUGAGCAAAGUGGGGUUUUUUUGACCUUACUUCUUCAUGUGCUAAUCUUUUAGGAAGAAGGAAUGAAUUUGCUGAACAGGGAAACCGUUCGUGAAAGAGAAGUGCAAGUAGCAAUGCAGAUGAGCCACUCAUGGGAGGAGAGCUUGAGCCUGAGUGACAAUGAUUUUGAAAAAUCACUAUCACCAAAGCAAGUAGACUUUGUUCCAGUUUCUCCAGCUCCUUCACCUACACGAGGAAUAGGGAAGCAAUGUUUCUCACCAUCUUUGCAAAGUCUGGUGAGCAGCAGUGGGUUGCCUCCAAGUCCCAGCCCAAGUCCAACAAGGAGAUUUUCAAGGCAAGUCAGCAGAUUACAUCAAUGAUAGAAAAUUGUCAUA